CCGGGGACGCUGCCGUCCUGACGCACGUGAGCGCCCGCCUUCCGCCUGGCGAGCCUGGCCCCUGGCCCCGCCCUAGCCCCGUGUCCCGAGCAUGCGCAGCGGCUCUUUUGCGCUUCCGGCCGGCGCUACGUAGGGGCGUGCGUCAAGAUGGCUGCCUCCUGGGCUCACACGCUGCUGAGGCUGCUCCCCGGCCUCUGGCGAAGUUCCCCGGGAGCCCAGGUUCCCCUCCGGGCUCUUUGCACCAAAGGCCCUGAAGAAGGUUCCCUGUCCUCCCUCCCCAUUUCUCCCUAUGAGAAUGAACCUUGGAAAUAUCUGGAUUCAGAAGAAUACCAGAACCGCUAUGGCUCUCGCCCUGUUUGGGCUGACUACCGCCGCAACCACAAAGGUGGUAUACCACCGCAGCGGACCCGGAAGACGUGUAUUCGUAAAAAUAAAGUGGCUGGGAACCCUUGCCCCAUCUGCCGGGAUCACAAGUUGCAUGUUGACUUUAGGAAUGUGAAACUCUUGGAACAGUUUGUUUGCGCCCACACGGGUAUCAUCUUCCACGCCCCCUACACAGGAGUCUGUAUGAAGCAGCACAAGAAGCUGACCCAGGCCAUCCAGAAAGCCAGGGAGUAUGGUCUCCUCAGGUACUACGUUCCCCAGUUCGAGCCCCGAGACACUGACCUCAGUACUGCCCAUGGAGCUGUCAGUGUCACUCCGCCGGCCCCCACGUUGUUGUCAGGAGAACCUUGGUACCCAUGGUACAGCUGGCAGCAACCACCAGAGAGAGAACUGUCCCGCCUUCGCCGGCUCUAUCAAGGAAAUCUCCUAGAAGAAAGCGGCCCCCCACCCGAGUCGAUGAUGCCCGAGAUGCCCACCGCUCCACCAGCAGAAACCGCCACUGAGCAGAUGGGCUCCCAGAGUGCUUAGGACCUGUGAACUGGGGAAGCAGUCAGGGGUUAAGGGAAUGGAGUCUAAGGUUCUGAAACGGGCCUGUUUUGGGGACAGUGGCAGGCAGCCCCUAAGGGAAUGACUGACCGCUGAGGAGGACGGACAUGAGGUUGGGGAGAGGUCUGGAGGCACAUGGGAAACUGACCGUGGAGAGGGGUUCAGAUGUGACCGGGAGACUUGACUGUGGUGUGUGCACUGGAUCCCUGUCGCCCAGCUUUCCUACAAUAAAGCCGUGUCCGUCCGCGUG